AGAGAAGCCCCCCGCGUACCAGCGGUUCCACACCCUCGCGCAGGACCUGCCCCCGGGGCUCACGCUGCCCUACAAGUUCAAGGUGCUGGCGGAGAUGUUCCGCAGCGUGGACACCAUCGCCGGGAUGCUUUUCAACCGCGCCGAGACCAUCACCUUCGCGAAGGUCAAGCAGGGGGUGCAGGACAUGAUGCGCAAGCGGUUUGAGGAGCGGCACGUGGGGCAGAUCAAGGCGGUGUACCCCACCUCGUACAGGCUGCGCCGGGAGAAGAACAUCCCCACCUUCGGCAACAGUGUGAAGAAGUCUGACUACCAGCUCACGCUGGAGCCGGUGCUGGGGGAAGAGGAGAAGGUGGAUGGCCGCCCGCACUUGUCGGCGUCGCGCUUGCUGGAGCGCAGGAAGGAAUUCAACCGCAACCUGGUGAACAUCGUCAAGCAGCACCACAAGGCGUUCCUGGCUGCUCUCAACCCUCCCAUGGUGGUGCCGGAGGAGAAGCUGACGCGCUGGCAUCCCCGUUUCAAUGUGGACGAGGUGCCGGACAUCAGCCCGGCAGAGCUGCCGCGGCCGCCCCAGGAGGACAAGCUCACCACGGCCCAGGAGGUGCUGAGCACGGCUCGGGGGAUGCGGACCCCCAAGAUGGAAAAAGCUCUUGCCAACCUGGCCUUAAGAACCGCUGAGACCGGUGCGGGGGAACCGGUGGUUUCCAAAGCACCGUCCCCUGCCAGCACCUCCAGCGCUCUGAAAGGGGUGUCCCAGGCUCUGCUCGAGAGGAUCCGGGCGAAGGAGGCGCAGAAGCUGCAGGCGCUGAUGACGCGGGACCCGCAGCAGGGGGCCUGGCGGGGGGGCCGGCCGGCCAGGGCCCGCAUCCUGCGCAACGUCUUCGUGGCCGAGAAGAAGCAGGCGCUGACCAUGGAGGUGGCUUGCGCCCGCAUGGCCGACAGCUACGACGCGCAGAUGCCUCCCGGCGAGAUGGAGAAACACUUGCGGCUCUUCGCAGAGCUGCUGCCCGACUGGGUGGGGAUCCACGCCAUCAGGACGGACACCUACGUCAAACUGGACAAAGGGAAGGACCUCGGCCUCAUCACGGAGCGGCUCACCAAGGCGGCGAAGGAGGCAGAAGCCCUGUGA